UUCCUAUAUAGAUGUACCAGUCUAACUAAUAAUUUGAGAAAAUGUUUAAUAUUAAUGCUGUUUUAGUUUUUGUACUUGGGUCUCUAUUAAUUAUUAAUGUUGUUCUUGUGGUUCGCGAUAAAGAAAACUGGAAUGAAAUGCUCAGACUUAAAUCAGCGCUAUCUGUCAUUCAAAAUGAACUUAACUCUCAUCGCAUUAAUAGAUUUAGAAGAGAUACAUCUGCUGAUGAAGACUUAAUUGGAUUAAUUAUGAGAAAUGAAUUCAAUCGUUUGGUAUUAAAUAAAAUUAUUGUUUUGUUACCAGAAGCUCUUAAGUCAAUCCCACCUGAAUUUUUAUGCCAAUGCAAUACUAACCAUUUUAACAAGACUAAGAGUGCCAUGUGUGAUUCAUAUGUUCAAUUUAACAAUGAAUGUAAAGAAAUAAUUCAACAUAGAUGUAAACAAGGAGAAAGAGGGCCAAAAGGUGAUGUUGGUCCUCAAGGGCCAAAAGGAGAUAGAGGAGAAAAAGGAUUUAGUCUUAUUGAACCGCAGUCAGAACUAAUAGACUUAGAUAAAACUGUUCUUAUUUCUGAAAAUAAUACAUUGUUUUGCAAAUUUUUUGGGAAUCCCAUUCCAUCUGUUGAAUGGAUUUUAAAUGGAACGAACAAAGAAGUUAAAACUGAAGUUUAUGAAAGUUCUUCUGUAGUGAUUAGCUAUUUGACAAUAUCAAAUAUCAACUUUCAAAAUCAUGGUAAUGUUUCUUGUAUAGGAAAAAGUUUUCUGGGUCAAGUAGAAAAGACUGGUUUUUUUAAUGUUCACAUAAAACCUUCAGUCUCUUUUUCUUCCUCAAUAAUUUAUGUUUACUUGGCAUCAAAUGCAACAUUUCCAACAUGUAAUGUUAUUACUAAUCCUGCUGCUAAAAUAUUAUGGAAAAAAGGUUUGGAGAACUACCAGCUACAAGAUCAGUUCAAUCAGGUUUUGGUGAUUUCAUGAUUAUGGAUGUUCAAGUAGAAGACGAAGGCUUCUAUGUUUGUUUAGCAGAAAAUUAUUUAGGUUCAGCUUCAGGCAUAGUUCAGUUGAAAACAAAACCAUUAGAAAUUACUUAUGGACCUCCAGCAGAAUCUAUUGUUUUUAGCUUCCCCAUUACACUUUGGUGUGGUUCAUUUGGACAAACAGACCAAAUGUCUGGAAACUGGCGAUAUUUAGUUACUGGUGAAGCUAUUGAGCAUACAGAAAUAAAGAGCAAAAGUUUUCAUAAUAUUACAAUACAAGUAACUAAUAGUGGUAUAUACUCAUGUAAAUUUACUGACGGUACAUCAACAGUUUAAAGAGUUUCUAUAA